AUGAGCAUAUGGAAAAUCUUGUUCUGUUCUUGUGAGGAAACAGAAUCAGUUUUAAGCUUUCUGAAAAAUGUUAUGAUAGUUGUCCUUCUACUAUUGCAUCAUGAUCCUCCAACAUGUGAUGCAAUUAGUAAUAACCAAACUCAUUGUAAACCUUCUUCAUGCGGCAAAAUCAGUAAAAUAAAAUACCCAUUUCGACUUAUGAAUGACCCAACAACCUGUGGUGAUCCGAGCUAUGAGUUGUCCUGCGAAAACAACAGAACAGUGUUAACUCUGUUUUCUGGGAAAUACUAUGUCCAGGAAAUCAACUACAAAAACUACACAAUUCGAUUAGUUGAUCCUGGGAUUGAAGAGAGUGAUUGCUCCUCCACUCCUCAAUAUUUCUUAACCGGUUCCAAUUUCUCAGCUAACUCAUUGGAAGAGGAAUGGGUUCCAUAUGGAGUCUAUUAUCGUUUGGGGUACGAGAACAUAAUAUACUUGAACUGUAGCAAAGCAGUGAAGGAUGAUCCUUGGUAUGUGGAUACAUCUCCCUGUAUCAACCGGGACUCCAAUAGCUAUCUUUAUGCUUUUGCCAACACGUAUCGGGAGGAUGAUGUUUCUAACAUCUUUUAUGUCGGGAGGUUAAAAGAUUAUUGCCGAGUGAAGGUAGUUGCCAUCUCGUCAUCAAAUUUACCAAAUCGACCCCUUUCAUACCAGCAAAUUCAUGGAGUUCUAGUCUAUGGAUUUCAGCUAUCGUGGAUAACUAGCCCUUGUAGAGAUACUUGCGGCGAUAAAUUAUCGUGCUACUUCAAUCAAACAUCUCGAGAUUUGGAAUGCUCUAAGCCGUAUUAUGAUUGCCAAUAUCCAUUCGGAGAUUAUGUCAAUUGCACCCAGAUAUCGAAGCCGCUCGUAUUACUGGAAGAUGUAUUACUUGGCAUUGCUAAAGGAGUACUACAAAUAUUUGGAAUAUUAAAAAGCUCUCAUUCAAAACCGGAAAACAUAGAUUUUAAAAUUUCCAUUGAGUUAGGAAGAGUGACAGGAAGAUAUAUUUUGCCAUUUUUCGGUCCAAGAUAUGAGUACCUUAAUGCCAAAUAG